UCUUCGACCGGAAUAUUCAUUCCUAGUUUGCUAACAAAUUUACGAAAUGUCUUUCAAGGCUGUGAUUUUCUGUGCCGCUGCCUUAUUGGUUCAGAGCAUCUCCGCUCAGAGAAGCUGCGGCUGCCAGUCCAUCGAGGUGUCCAACAAUGGCGGAGCUUUAACCGUGACCAGCGCCGGCCCCAUCGCGCCGUCCGGCAUCGCCGUCGCCUCCGACCUCGGCCUGUCCGGCGACCUGGACCUGUCCGGUACGCUCCCGUACCUGAGCGCGGUGGCGUUCGAGGGCAAGUUUGACACCAGCGGUUCGGCGCCGGUGUGUUACGGCUGUGGGGACUGCGUCGCCAUCACUCAGCAGAUCGGCGGCUCCAGCAGCUGCGGGUGCGGCAGACGCUAAGACUUUGUGUACUUGAAUUGCCAUAUUUUAUAAUAAAACAGCAAAAUGCA